ACUGUACGGGGACUGCUCUCGCCUCGGAGGCGCUCACCGCGCUCAUACAAAACGACGCCACCGUCUGCGGCCGCAACGGUUCUUUCCACCCUUCCACCUCUCUCUCUCUCUUUCUCUCUCGAUCUGCUUCUCGUUGCUACGAGGAGAUCGGGGUGCGAGGUUCAUGUGACGGGGGUAUGGAAGCGGCGGAGAUCCCGUUCUGCGGUUGUUGGGUCGCUCGAUCGGGUCACGUGUGUCGGUUCUCAUUCCCCACCGUUUCUCCCGGCGUUGGAUCUCGGGAUCGACUCGAAGUAGGGGACUUACUGGGUUAGUCCUCGCACUUGGAAGUCCUGCGUGUGGAAAAAAGUGUGGACGGGUAGGGAACUAAGGUCGCCGGAGGCAUCGAGUGGUGGUUGCUUCUUAGGGUUCUAUGUUUGCUUCCGACUACGGGUGAAAUCUGUACCUCGCUUUAUGCUGAUAUGGGGAUUGUGUAAAAGAUGGAUUUUUUUCUCCGGCACUAGGGUUUAUUUGGUUGUAAUCAACUGGGCAUUAUGCCCUAGAAUCAUCUUCCAGCUAUUGGUGAUGUGAAGCAUUUGUUCAUGUCUUUUUUUGCGAAUACAAGAUUUGGUUAGUCUUUGAUCAUGACUAAGGCCAUCCAUAGAAUUUCCAUUAAAGAUGAAACAGGUAGCAAUAUUAGCAGCCAUCUAAAGGAAGAGUAUGGUGCCAUCAGCGAUCAUCUUCGCAACCAUGUACAUCUGACCAACUGCAUACAUUUGAAGAACCACAUGCACCGUCACAGCCCCAACUCAGCAGAGAGGUCCCUCAUGAGGGAUCUCAUCGUCUUCCAGAAGUCGAGGUCGCUGAGAGACCCCUCAACUAGCCCUCGUUCACAGAUUUCCCCUUAUGUUGUUGGAGGUUUUGCUAGGAAAAUUACAAAGGAUGGUUCUACCAAUAGUAGGAGGAGGUCAACAGAGAUUGACAGGCGGAGUGAGGUUGGCUGGUUGUCCAUAAGUUCACCACUUAUAGGAAAUACAGCAACAGCAAAGGUUACUGCAUUGGAAGCGUUUGAUGUUUAUGAUUUAGAUGAGAGAGGUAAGUAUAAGGAAGUAGAUAAAGGAGAAGAGCUUAGUAGAAAAAGUCACAGAAGUGAUAGAUUGUCCAUGAAACAUGCUGCUUUUAAUGAUACGUCGGAGAAAGUGGAUACUCAAUCAAUGGUUGGUCAAAGUACUAAUGAAGAGAUUGCUCGAUCUAAGAAAGUCGUAGAACAAACUGAAGGAGUUCAAAAAGAUUCUAAUUAUCUUGAGCAUGGUAAAGGGAGGAAUGAACCAGUAGAAAGCAUUCACGAGCAAAAUUGUCGAUCAUUCAAAGGGAAGAAGCGCAAGCUGAAAGGAGCAAGGCGAGCACGCGGCUCUGUUUGUACUCACAAUAAUUUCCCUAUAUCAAAUUCAGUAGCACAAGUAUCAAAGAAAAAGAAAUGCCAUCUGGAGAAUGUUAAAGAAGAAACUGAGCUGGAGGUUUCACAGAAUCAUAGAAAUGUAUGUGGAAUCCCUUGGAAUUGGUCAAGGAUUCAUCAUCGAGGUAAGUCAUUUCUUGAUAUAGCUGGGAGGAGUCUGUCCUGUGGGCUAUCUGAUUCUAGAAUGAAAAAGGCUGAAGGCCCUGUUCCACAAAGAGAAGGAAAUAGUUCGAAUGUAGCCACUGCAUCCAAUCACCUGACUCCAUCAACAAGCUCGGAUUCUGAAGUUUUACCAUUGCUAGUUGAGGGACCAGAAUCUCAGUACAAUGGUGCUGUCCAUUUAUCACCAGGGGAUUAUUCAGGAGAGCUUGAAAUUUUCUCCAAUCAUAGUUUGAGGCAUGACAGAGACUCUGACCUUGCAUCUGAAUCAAGAUCAGGGCACCAUAGACCUAGACGGUUAAACCAUUUAAGGCACAAAAGCCUAACACAGAAGUACAUGCCAAAAACAUUCAAAGAUCUUGUGGGGCAGAACUUGGUCAUUCAAGCUCUUUCCAAUGCCAUUUUGAGAAGAAAAGUUGGGUUGAUUUAUGUAUUUUAUGGACCUCAUGGGACAGGGAAGACAUCUUGUGCUCGUAUUUUUGCUAAAGCUUUGAAUUGCCUUUCUGUGGAGGUUCCAAAACCUUGUGAUGUUUGUAGUUCCUGCAUUUCAAGUAAUCUAGGCAAGAGCAGAGAUAUAUUGGAAGUGGGACCAUUUGGUAAUUUUGAUUUUGAGAGCAUUAAAGAUGCCUUUGAUGUGAUGUUGUUACCAAGGUCAUCAGUUUAUAGGGUUUUCAUUCUGGAUGAUUGCGAUAGUUUGCAUUCUAAUUUAUGGAGCACCAUCUCAAGAGUUAUUGAUCGGGCAUCACGGCAUGUAGUUUUUGUACUUAUCUGUUCAAAUCUUGAUUGUUUACCUCAUAUCAUCGUAUCUAGGUGCCAAAAGUUCUUUUUCCCGAAAGUGAAAGACUCUGAUAUCAUAUCUACUUUACAAUGGAUUGCAACCAGCGAAGGCCUUGAAAUUGAACAGGAAGCUUUGAAACUUAUAGCAUCAAGAUCUGAUGGUUCUUUAAGAGAUGCUGAAAUGACUCUUGAUCAGUUAAGUUUACUUGGGAAGAAAAUUUCUGUUCCACUUGUGCAGGAGCUAGUUGGUUUGGUGUCUGAUGAAAAACUGGUGGAUUUGCUUGAUCUGGCAUUAUCUGCAGACACUGUGAAAACUGUCAAGAGCUUAAGAGGGAUUAUGGAAACUGGGGUAGAUCCUCUUGCAUUAAUGUCACAGCUUGCAACUAUAAUUACUGAUAUUCUUGCUGGUAGUUAUGUCUUCACAAGAGAACGAUUGCGGAGAAAAUUUUUCCGCCAGCCAACUUUAUCCAAGGAAGACAUGGAGAGGCUACGUCAGGCCCUCAGGGCACUGUCUGAAGCUGAAAAACAGCUAAGGGCAUCAAGUGAUAAACUGACAUGGCUAACUGCUGCUCUUCUUCAACUUGCUCCUGAUCAGCAAUACUUGCUUCCUAGUUCUUCGACAGACAGAAGUCUAAAUCACAGUCCAGUGGUGCUAAAUAAUCAAUCCAUGAGAGAGAGAUAUAGGGACUUUACGAACAAGCAGGGAGAUAUGCAACUUGUGCACAGGAAUUUUUCACAAGGUGUUCAUCAAGGAUACACCAAUGACGAAUGUGCUAAUGAUGCAAAACAACACAUGUCAGUUACUGAUGUAAACCGGCAGCAUGGUGAUCAGGCCUCACAUAUUACAAUACAGUCCAGUGAUGCUAUUAAGAAAAGUGACAUAUAUAGCACCAUGAAAAGAGACAGAGAUACUCAAAAGAUAUGGCGAGCACUACUAGAUCAUAUCCCAACAGACACAUUAAAGCAGUUCUUGUACCAUGAAGGGAAUUUAAUUUCAGUUAGCUUAGGUGCUGCUCCUACAGUGCAGUUGGCAUUCAGCUCAAAUGCAAAUAGAUCAAGAGCCGAAAAGUUCAGAGGGCAGAUUUUACAAGCCUUCGAAUCUGUUCUUGCCUCUCCUGUAAUACUUGAGCUCAGAUGUAAAUAUGAGAACAAAUUUAGGCCAGCUGCCCAAACUGCUCCUCUUUUGCCUGAUUUGGAGAGUGGUUCUUCUAAGAUGCCAGCAAAGAAGAAGUACGUGAAAAAUCAAGCUACUGUUUAUUCAGGCCCUGCAAAUCUUACUGAGAAGCUUAUAGAAGAAAGUGUUCUUAGGAGGGUUGGCUCAAGUCAUUCUAGAUGGCUGCACACUGGUCCCCAUGUCAUGACAGAGGAUGAUAUAAUUGAAGUUGGACCUCAUGAGCAUGAGCCAACAAGGAAGUCUGUGGGAUCAAAGGAAAAGGGAAUUGAACAUAUAUGGGAAGAAGCAUCCACUUCCCAACAACAAAAUAAUUUGGUUCCGUUCUCUGGAAGGAAUCAAGAUGACCAAAAUCGAAGAAAAAGCUUAGUUCGAGGAAAGGUAUCUCUUGCACAUGUUAUUCAACGGGCAGAAGGUCAUUCUCAGCAAGGUGGAUGGUCAAGACGCAAAGCAAUCUCGAUAGCUGAUAAACUUGAACAGGAGAACUUGAGAUUGGAGCCUAGAUCAAGAAGCUUGCUUUGUUGGAAAGCUUCUAGGACACCCCGAACCCAGCUGCUCAACGUCAAGAAGAAGACAAGGAAAUCCCGGUCUCUGUCGAAGCUAGUGAGCUGUGGAAGGUGCCUGCGCAACAAAUGAUCCAAGCAAACUCCUUCAAGAGCUACCUACGGCCAGCCGGUUAGAUUGUUUUAAGGCGUUACAAGAUUUGCCAAUGUUUCUCUGUUCUAAGUUAGCAUUCUUAUGAAGGAAGCAUUGUAUAUUGUUCAACAAGAAUCUCAUAUAAGUCUCGCAUUCUUUCUGCGUCA